AUGAGCGCGAACGCGAACGCUUCCACCGACUCGUUAUACUUGGAUUCCGAUGUCGCGCGCGAACAACGAGCUCAGGCGGAGACAGAGGUGAAGGCGAACAAUCCCGUCCAUGACGAGGGGCAGGAAGGUGUACUUGCAGGCAUAAAACACCAAUUGGACUCGAUGACUGCUGGUAGUUCACUUUCGGAGAUCGGGAAUUCCGUGGGGUCCGUCGUUCAAGAAAAGGCUGGCGCCGUGAAGGAGAUUAUUAUGGACAGUGCGGUCCCUGCUGCGCAGGGGGCAUUACAUACCGUUCAAGACCAGAUAAGCGCUCUUUCAGGUGGCGCCAAGGGGGCUGAAGAGACAGUAUCCGAAGGUUUGUUCUUUUUGAUGAGUUUAUUCGUCAUGGUUAUUGACGAGGGUGGUGUACUUCUAGAUCUUACCGCUGCGUCGCGCGAAGAACAGGAACGGAUUGACAACAUGAGUGACGAACAAAUUUGCGACUUUCUGAGAGACAAACAUAUGAGCAACAAGCAUCUGCAACUACCGAAAUAG